AUGUUCAUGUGGUGGUUCUGUAGCAGUUUACGACCAGCGGAGAGCACGGUCCUCGAUCCUGCAUUAUACCUCGCCCCUAGCCCUCCUCUCACCCCCAUUACAGGCAACGUACCAGGAAUAUUGUGGACGCAAAUAUCAAAACAAGAUCCCAAACAUAAGCCUAUUGGAAACUCUGACGCUAUUAACGAAUUGGAUACAUCGACAGCGAUUGACAAAGAGUCUAUGGAAGGGGCAGACACAUUUUGGCCACGUUUUGGAGCAAGUUAUGGUCUUCAGAGUAUUCCAUUACAAUUUCACUUAACUGGUACUUAUGGAGGUUUUGGUGGGACUGGCGUGAUUGGAAGUAGUUAUGCUAGUGUACCUAGUACUAGGAACACCUUCGGAAAACCGUAUUUUGCAGGCAGCGGAUACGGAUCUUAUGGAGGAAAUAGUGUGAGGGUUUUUGGUUCCAAUAACAGUCCAGUCUGGAGCGGUUGGGGUAACGGCAAGUGGGGUCACUAUGGAAAGGGGAAAUGAAAGAACAUUCAACCGUAACUUUUAUAAAAUGUAAAAUUCAAAAUUCAUUUAUUUUGCAAUAACUGCAAUACACUUUAAUUACGUUAAUGAUAAGCAUACAAAU